GUGGCCUGUUCUCUAUUGUCGAAGCAUAUCUUCACAAACUUUCGAUAAUGUUCUCUGACAGUGCCGUGUCGUCUGUUUGGCAUAAAUACGUCGCACAUGUCAAUGCACACUACUCCUUCCAAGUCAAUCCAAACUCCUCUGUUCCUGAUCAUCUUCUUCCCUGUCCUUGCCCACUCAGAGAGUUGCAAUAAGCCUGUUCCGCAUCAGCCAUGGCUUUUCCAACUCCACCAGAGCCCAAGACUGAGCUAGGUCGCUAUCGCAUCCUGGCCAGCACUGCGGGUGUGAGAGUGUCACCACUCGCGUUGGGGGCCAUGUCUAUUGGCGUGUCAUGGGCUUCUUGGAUGGGUGCAAUGGACGAGGAGCAGUCUUUCAAACUUUUGGACGCAUACGCCGAUGCUGGCGGCAACUUUAUCGACACCGCCAACAACUACCAAGAUGAGGAUUCGGAGCUGUAUCUGGGAAGAUGGAUGGCGGCCAGGAACAAUCGGGAUCUCAUGUUUGUGGCGACCAAGUUUACAAACGAUUUUCGUGGAUGGGAGAUUGGCUUGGGAAAGACUGUCAACUACGCUGGAAAUCACAAGAAAUCCCUCCGGUUGUCUGUUGAGGCUUCACUCCGAAAGCUACAGACGAACUACAUAGACUUGCUCUACGUACACUGGUGGGACUGGUCGACGUCGAUUGAGGAACUGAUGGACUCGCUCCACAUCCUCGUCGAACAAGGCAAAGUCCUUUACCUCGGCGUCUCCGACACCCCGGCCUGGGUUGUCUCAGCAGCCAACACGUACGCGAAAGCGCACGGCAAAACUCCCUUCUCUGUCUACCAAGGUCGCUGGAACCUCAUGCAUCGAGAUUUCGAGCGUGACAUCAUUCCCAUGGCACGACACUUUGGCAUGGCGCUGUGCCCUUGGGAUGUCCUCGGCGGUGGCCAACUUCAGACAAGGGCGCAACGGGCGGCUCGUCAAGAGUCUGAUCCAACAGGUCGUGGCAGCCAGCAAAGCGAAGAGGCUCUCAGAGUGAGCGACGCGCUGGAAAAGGUGGCUGCCGAGCACGGAAAAACGAGCAUUCAGCAGGUUGCACUCGCGUACGUGAUGCACAAGGCGCCGCAUGUAUUCCCGCUUGUCGGUGGUCGGAAAGUCGAGCAUCUCCACGACAACAUCAAGGCACUGAGCAUCAGAUUGACAGAUGAUCAAGUCAAGUACAUUGAAAGCAUCAAAUCAUUCGAUCUUGGCUUCCCGCUGGAUUUCAUUGGCGAAGACCCCCGGGAGACUGGGCAAUCAACCCCUAUGAUGGAGUCCUUGCUUGGCGGAAAGAUAGCUUGGAAGAAGACGUCGACAGCUAUGGGCUAUAUCUGACAUGGCGAUACUCGAGAUAUAAGUGUUAUCAUUAGCUUCUGUAUAUCCUCAAUCCACCAUGAUCUAAGGGUGCGACCGUUUUGUUGAGAUGAUGCGUGACAAUUAAGAUUCACGAUCAGCUAUCAUGUUGUAGAGUACAUGGUCGAGAAAUCAGGGGGCGCAACCAUCACUGCAGAGCGUGUACGACUAGUGGUUGUGAUAUGUAGUCUUUGGCAGGCUGAUGCAAGAGCACGGACGGG